GGAGCGGGCAGGCAAUGCCAGACGCCGGACUGGAGGCGGACCUGCCGGCCAGCUGCCUCUCGCUUUGGCCCAGCACUGGGCCCCUGCCCUCACCUGCUCUCCCUGGGGUGGCUGCGCCCUGCGCAUCCAGCCGCCAUGAGGUGGCUGUGGCCCUUGGUGGUCCUUCUGGCUGCAGUAUCAUCUGUGGGGGUGAGCGGAGUCUCUGGGGGUGCCCCCCUGCACUCGAGCAAGCACAGAACCGAGGCCCGGGGACAGCAGAGCCGACCCAAGAGAGGCACUGAGGAUGAGGAGGCCAAGGGGAUGCAGCAGUAUGUGCCUGAGGAGUGGGUUGAUUAUCGCCGGCCCAUCCACCCUGCUGGCCUGCAGCCCACCACGCCUUCGAUGGUCACCAGCCCCAACCCAGACAGGGCUGGGGGCACCUUAGGCAGCAGGCAGGAGCCACGGGGCAAUCUGACAGGGGGGCCAGGUCGGAGGCUGCAGAUUCAGAACCCCCUGUACCCGGUGACCGAGAGCUCCUACACUGCCUACGCCAUCAUGCUCCUGGCCCUGGUGCUGUUUGCUGUGGGCAUCGUGGGCAACCUGUCAGUCAUGUGCAUCGUGUGGCACAGCUACUACCUGAAGAGCGCCUGGAACUCCAUCCUCGCGAGCCUGGCCCUCUGGGAUUUCCUGGUCCUCUUUUUCUGCCUCCCCAUUGUCAUCUUCAAUGAGAUCACCAAGCAGAGGCUGCUGGGUGACAUUUCCUGCCGGGCAGUGCCCUUCAUGGAGGUCUCCUCUCUGGGGGUCACGACCUUCAGCCUCUGCGCCCUGGGCAUCGACCGCUUCCACGUGGCCACCAGCACCCUGCCCAAGGUGAGGCCCAUUGAGCAGUGUCAAUCAAUCCUGGCCAAGCUGGCUGUCAUCUGGGUGGGCUCCAUGACGCUGGCUGUGCCCGAGCUCCUGCUGUGGCAGCUGGCGCAGGAGCCCGCCCCCGCUGCGGGCACCGUGGACUCGUGCAUCAUGAAGCCCUCGGCCAGCCUGCCCGAGUCCCUCUACUCGCUGGUGAUGACCUACCAGAACGCUCGCAUGUGGUGGUACUUCGGCUGCUACUUCUGCCUGCCCAUCCUCUUCACCGUCACCUGCCAGCUGGUGACAUGGCGGGUGCGGGGCCCUCCGGGGAGGAAGCCCGAGUGCCGGGCCGGCAAGCACGAGCAGCACGAGAGCCAGCUCAACAGCACGGUGGUGGGCCUGACGGUGGUCUAUGCCCUCUGCACCCUGCCUGAGAAUGUCUGCAACCUCGUGGUGGCCUACCUGUCCACCGAGCUCACCCGCCAGACCCUGGACCUGCUGAGCCUCAUCAACCAGUUCUCCAUCUUCUUUAAGGGCGCCGUCACACCGGUGCUCCUUCUGUGCAUCUGCAGGCCGCUGGGCCAGGCCUUCCUGGACUGCUGCUGCUGCUGCUGCUGUGAGGACUGUGGGGCUGCGGCCGCCUCGGCCACCAGCGGCUCGGACCACACGCUCAAGACCGAGAUGGCCGCCUCCAUCUACUUCCACAAGCCCAGGGAGUCUCCCCCGCUGCUGCCCCUGGGCACGCCGUGCUGAGGCCAGGCCCAGGCGGGGAGGGGUGCCACCCCAGCCUGUGCCUGGCAUUGCUUUCCCCAUAGGUCCUGCUUUUCUGCCCAUCCUGCUGUCCAGAGAUGAACUUGGUUCCUCUCGUUGAGGUUUGGGGAUGUCAAAGCCCCCUCCCCAAGCAGGGCCUUCCUUCCCUGUCACUCUGUGGGGCCCUCCAGCCCUGCCCUUUCAGCUGGUGAGUGGUGAUGCUUCUAGGCCCUUAGAGCUGCCUGGAAACUCAGUGCCACCGUCUGGGAGCCUGAACUUCACUUGCUCUCUCUUGGUUCCAACCCUACUUCUGUCGCUCGGCCUUAAAACCUGAGUCUCUACAAGCUGUGCCUUCUCCAAGCACCCUCUCCCUACCCCCCUGCCCUCAGGGCCCCAUCCUGGAGUAGGGGGCUCUUUGGGGUCAGCCAGACUUGGCUCACCACCCUUUUCUCUGGAGCGAUCUGUCCCGGCCCUGGACUCCUAGUCCUGCUGACACCUUCCCUUCUUCCGGAGGCUGUCUCUCUCCUUCCUUCUCCUUUCCUUGAGGUACCCUAGGUCACCCUGUCCCAACCCCCCUUGUUAGGUGUUUCCUUGUAUAAGGCCCUUCUUCAAAAACAAUAAACUCAGUAGAACCA